AUGGAGGCUAAGCGCUUUAAGUCCAACGAGACCACUAAACUGUUUGGUUCAUUAGGCGUAUUCUUUUAUAUAUGCUGGUUACCACUUUUCUGGGAAGAUAACAUUUCGCUAACAAAAAAAUUCAGAAAGUAUUAUGAUAAAGUCAGAUAUGUGGUCGUAGUGAUUUUCUUCUUGUUCACGUUUUCAUCGGUUGGCUCUUUAUUCACCCAAAAUAAUUUAACUGCGAGACAGUCAUAUGAUCGAUCAUAUCUUGCGACUGUUACGCCAUUUGUUAAACUGUUUUAUGCAACUUUGUCAUACAACAAAAAGAAGAUAGGAAAUAUCUUUUACUACCUUUCAGUGGUACUGAGAGAGCUCUACAAUGACUUAGAGCUCGAGAAACAGAUGACGAGGAAGGUAAAAAUGACUGCAGUGAUAUUUUUUAUUGGUACCAUGCUAGGAGUAGCGGGAACCAACGGAUUGGUUGCUGUUUUGAAUGUGGUUGCGGCAGGCGAAAUGUUCUGCCCUGUGAUACCGGUGUGGCCAGACGUCGCUGAUACCUCUGCGAUAGCAGUUUGGACAAGAGCAAUACACUACAUUGUCUGGUGGAUGUAUGACACAUGGGUCAUGGGCAUACUCAUACUAUUGGUAACAAUGUUCAUGGUUAUUUUCUACCAGUUCAAGAAUGUACAGAGCUAUUUCUAUGGCCUUGAGGAAAUAUUUCAUGAUGAGAGUCUGACUCAUCAGGAAAAGGAAAAGAAAUAUGAGGAAGCAUUCAAACUUGGAAUACAUAUUCAUGCAGUAACUCUUUGGUGUAGGAAACAGCACUAUGAGGUCUGCAAAAUUAUAUUUGGGGCCGAGAUCACGCUGACCCUUAUAGUGCUGGUGUCAAAUCUCACGAGAUUAAUGGUGAAAACCAUGUGUUUUUUUCAGAGCGGCGAACAUGAUCUUUCUACUUUGACGAGUUUGCUUCCACUUAUGAUCAUCGUUUUGGUUAAUCUUGCGCUGUUCAUGUUGUACGGAGGAGACAUUACUGUGGAGGCGUUAAAGGUAUCGGAUGCCAUGUACUUCUCCGGCUGGGAGAACUGCUCCGGGCAGUCGUCAGCGCGCGUCAGGAAACUGGUCGCGUGCGCCAUCAGACAGGCUCAGGCUCCGGUGGUGUACACGACCCUCGGUGUUUUAGAUUUCUCCCACGAAUCAUAUGUUCAAGUAAUCAAAUUGCCGUACACUGUAGUGUCAAUGUUUUAUUGAAUAUCAGAUGUCAGAGAAUUAAGAUCCAAUGCAGUCUUGACAUGGUCGCUGUCGAGAAAUUAUUCGACUUUCAACACUUUAUUUUUACAGAGACCUGCUUAAACCAAUUGCUAACUAUUCACACUACUUAAUAAACAAAUUAUAUCAUGAA